ACAACCCACCUCUCCUUCUGUGACUGACGACAACUGAGGCUUGUCAGUUGUCACACGCAUGAACAUUUGUCAACGAGCUGAGCUUAUAUACAUAUAGAACACGAACAGUAAUAGCGGCAGAUGUGCACCAACGGCCAAGACAACCGCUCGUCACCGCGCAGCAUCAGGCAAGCAAACGGCAUGACCUCCGACGCGGCCUUUGUGCUGGAGAUGGCCGCCGUGGUCUGCUUGGCGGUGCUCAUCGUCGCCAUCGUCGCCGCCGCCGCGGGCGCCUGUGAGCUGCCCGUCGCCCGCGCCGCCGCGGUGCACGACGUUGAGCAGGCGCUCGGGCCCGGCACGCUCAUGCCGUACGGCCAGGCGAAGGCGGCCGCCGGAAAGACAGGGAGCGCGUCGCCGGGCGGCGUCGGCGAGGAGGAGGCGCCUUGUUGCGCCAUCUGCCUGUCCGAGUACGCCGAGGGCGACGAGAUGGUGCGGGUGCUGCCGGCGUGCGGCCACUUCUUCCACGCCGACUGCCGCAUCGACUGGUGGCUCCGGCAGCGCGGGACGUGCCCGGUCUGCCGCGGUGGACUGCUGCCGCUGCCGCCGAGGCCGGAGUGUCCGCUCAUGCCGCCGCGACCGGCCGGCGCUGCGGUGGUCCGAGGCAGGGGGUGAAUCAGCUCUAUUGUCUGUUCUCACAUAGUUGAUUAUUCUUUUUUGAUUGCCACAUACGUACUUGUUAGGAGCUAGUUUGCAGAGGAGAUACACAAUCUCUGUCAGGUUAAUCAGAGGCCUUUACCUUUUAAAAAAGUCACUGUAACCAUUUUCUGAAAAAGGGGGGAAAAUCGUAAAAGUGUUCCUUUCUAUUA